GCAAAGUCACACUGACCACUCCCUUGAUCAGUUUAACUUUUUAAUUGAGUUAGCUGAGUGGUCAAACUUGUAAGAUUUGCAAUACAAAAAUAUGCAGCGACCAUCUUUUCCUGCAAAUUGCAUUAUCAACAUAAUGAUUUGAAAUGAAUCCGUACUGCUUCAUAGUACAAAACACAUACACAAUGGCAGCGGCUCCAAACCAAGGACAGCAAGGUUACCGAAAAUCCCCUCGUGACCAGAGACAAAAUGCGCCCAUCUCUCCAGAGGCGAUCGAAGAGGCAGCCUGCAAGCUUUUUAUUGCCAGCUUGCCUGCCUCGACCAAUGAAGAGAAUCUCCGAGACUACUUCUCCAAAUUUGGACAAGUAACUGAGGCCUCUAUUGCCCGUGAUCCAGGAACCAAAGAGUCGCGUCGAUUUGGGUUCAUUACAUUUGCCAACAAGGAAAAUGUCGAUGCAGCACAAGCAGCGAGACCGCACCAGAUGGAAUCAAAACAGAUUACCACCAAGAGGUCAAUUCCCAAAGGACUGCAACAAUCACCUGAUAUUGCUUCAACGACAAAGACUUUGUAUGUAGGAGGACUGAAAGACGAUGCGGUGACAGAAGACUCGAUCAAAGACUAUUUCAAGCAGUUUGGAAACAUUGAGAAAAUCUACUGGUCGAUUAACAAGGAGACCAACACCAAGAGACCUUAUUGCUUUGUCUACUUUGACGACUCUGAUGCUGUGGAUAAAAUUGUUUUCUCCACAAAGCACGAGCUCAACGGACUUACCCUCAACACAAAGAAAUCCCUCAGGGAUGUUGAAAAUGGUCCUCAAAAGAGAAUGAUGCCCCAUUACGGUGCCUAUCCUCAAGGCGCCAUGCCUCCCUACUAUGGCCAGGCGUAUGACAACAUGAUGCCUGGUGGUGGCCGAGGAGGGUACAUGUACCCUGCGCCGAUGGGCAGAGGGGGUCACUACCCUAACAUGCACUUCUACGGCAACGGCUAUGGCCACCAGGGUGGUGGCAACUCGUACGGAGGUCCCGGCAGCGGCCAAGUUGGCGGAGGUGGCGGCGGCUACCGCAAGUACCCCAACAAGGGCCAGCAGCAACAGAGGCCAGUGGCCAAAGCUUAAAAGACUAAGUUGGCAAGCAAGAUCUCUGCCCCAGCAUCAUCCAUCAAAAUCAUCUCUCAAUGCCAAAUAAGAUCUACCUGAAACAAAAACACAGCGACUCUUGGCAGGGAAAUCAACACAAACAGCAACUGACAGAAGAAUAUCAAACUAAUCAUUGUCACCACCAUUCGCAAUUAUUAUUGAGUUGACUUGAAACUCCGAUUCAUUCGGUGAUAAAAGUCAAGAAAGAGAUAGAAGGAAAAACAAUCUAUGCUAGGAUGUAAGUUUCAUUAGUUUAGUUAGUGGAUUUAAUAACGAUAAGGUGCUACUUUAUUUUACCAGUUGAGAGGCACUUCCGAGAAAGAGCCUCGGUUGUUUGAUAAAAGAGUUGUAUUUGUACGCUUAUUAUACCAUUAGAGCAGAAAUCGGUGGCCCAACGCGAAUUUUGGUUGGGCCCUUCCGGUUCGAAAAAUUUGGCUUCUCAUCCUGCCAUGUAAUUUGUAAUGUGCCCACGGAGUGCCUUACAAUUAAUGACUGCUAGAAUGAUUCACGGACUGACUGCGCUUAGUGAAAAUAGCAGCGACGAGAGCAUCAAUUUUUUACUCUGUACCACAAGAGGAGGAAAACACUAUUUUUGCCAAGAAGGGGAGAAGAUAAUAAGGUCCGUCUAGUUUCUUGUCUUGUUCUAUCAGAUGCAUUAAUACACAUACAUGAGCUCUAAUGGAAAAAAUUACUGCAAGUAUCGUAAAUCUAAACAAUUACACUAACCAACUGCUAGCUACGUAAGACAUGUUGUUCGAUUUGUACUAUUUUCACAGCUGCUUGCUCGCCCCUUCUCAAAUUAUUUUGAUCAAUGCCAAACAAAUUUUCACGUGUUCGCGGCUGCCCCCGAGUAAAACACAUUCGACACACGGGUUUGCUCUUGGUGUAAAGAGCAACAGAGGCUUAUUGAAGCGGCAGCCAAAGAUAUAGAAACAACCCAAAGCACUGUUAUACAUACAUAUUGUUGAUUUUUUGAGUUUAUUGUGUGCCCAACAGUGAACACACCUUGGAGCACACAAUGAGAAAGAAAGAUAUCUGUUGUACCCACUUGAUUUAUAUUUUAUGAGAGACAUACAUAAAUACAUACAUAAUGAUAAUAGUAAUUAAUCUAUGAUUCCUUACCAAGAUGAGGGAACAAAUUUUUAUAUAUUUUCAGCUGACAAGUCGAAAGUAAGCAGUUUGUUUCUGUCAGCUAUUCUAUAAUAUACAAACUACGUGUGUAAUUACUCCAGUAAUAAUUAUUACGAAACAAAAAUCAAUAGGCGCAACCAGGAAGCACUCUUUGUACUUGUACCAAGGCAGACUUAGCAAAACCCUCGUGUUCUUCCAAGCACAUGAAUUAAACCACUACACUUUGUCAAGCCAGCAAACAACUGACUCCUCUUUGAUACAAGUACAACUAUUAUUGAUUUUUUAGUAGCCUAGGCAUGGAAUUUAUAAAAUUAUGGAUGCAUACAUACUAUAUUCAAUUAUCUACGUAGCGAGAAAGAAAUUUUUGUCAACAAACACACACAUAGAGACACACACACACACAUGUUAAAAAUGGGCAUUUCUGUGUUAAUUGUGGGUCUGCGAGGCCCGCGAUUAAGUGCAUUGUAGAUUGUUUGCUUUGAUGUUGCGAGGAAGGAUUCCUUCUUUCCCCUCGAAUCCUCAAGGCAAGGAUUGAACCUAAAUUCUGAUCACUAGCAGUACGGGUGGAUUUGAUGCUCAGGAAUGUAUAUUUUUAAUUAAUAAAUGUAUUAUUGAAGAUCUA